CUUGUUUUAUCAAAGUUCUUAAGCAAAUUUAAAUACAUAAAAUUUACACCAUUCCCUGUAUUUUUGGGACAACUAUGGAGUGAAAGCUACAUGAAAUAUAUUAAGGCACGAGAUGUCAAAGUCAACACCCAUCUUAUUAUAAGGUUCGAUCGACAUAGCCACAACUUCAUUUUCAAAGUGACAAUCGACCAUAACGGGGGUUGUCAAGACAAGAGUACAUUACCAUCUCGUUGGUGCGAUUGUGGAAAGUUUCAAGCUUUUCGUGUGCCUUGCUCUCAUGUCAUUGUGACAUGUAUGUAUACUCAUCAAGAUGCAUUACUACUUCUAUUUUCCAUUUAUAAGUCUGAAACCUUGUUCAGCGUAUACAAUAAUGACUUUUCAGUGGUAGCGAAACCUGAUUAUUGGCCUGCAUACGAAGGGAAAAUAGCAUGGCACAACGAUCAAAUGCGAAGGAAUAAAAAUGAAAGUGUAUCACAACUGAAAUGGACUCCUUUGACAAGCUAG